AUCAAAUCUGGAGGGAGUAUCACACCCAUACUGUAUGGGUGGAGCACAGUCACCGAUCCCUCAUCUCUGAUUAGUCAAGAUGGUGAGAAUCCAUUCAGAUCUUAAGACAGAAGCACAGGCCUCAGUGGACAAGGCUGAUAAUCUGUGUCCUCAUUGCUGUUGAGUAUUAGCUCACCAAAAGCAGGGCUUAAGCUCAAGGGUUUUAAGAGCAAACAACCUGCUUUUCAUCGUGCUAACCUGACAGCCAUAGACCACCAGCGACAUGAGAGCGGUCCACUUCUCCCUGCUGCUGGGCCUCGGCCUCAUCCUCCUCGCUGCUCACAGUGAGGCGCUGAGGUGCUACACCUGCAUGGGCUCCACAGAUGAAGACUGUAAUCGCCAGGGCUCCAAAAUGUGUCCGAGCUACUCAGAUGCAUGUGCUGUUGUUCGGGGACAUGGGAGUGGCGUAAUGAAGUCGUGCUCAUACAAAUCCUUCUGCAGCCAGGCUAACAGCCAGGGCUACAGAGCUCCAGGGGUCAAAGUUCACUGCUGCUACUCCGAUGACUGCAAUGUGGCAGGACACGCCACCAGAAACAGCACAGGCUUCAGCUUCUUUUUGGGCUUUCUGGUAUUCGUCUGGCAUCUACUGUCAAACUAAUGUUACCCUAGAGACGAACAAACCUGGCUAUUAAAGUCAAUUGCCAUUAUGGAACUUGACGGAACUCUGUAUAAUCUGUGAUUGUUGAAAUGUCAGCAUGUGUUCUGCCAUGGGACUGUUAUUGCAAUGCAUAUAAGGUUGAGCAUAUAAAACACUAACACACAGAACUUCACAUACACAGAUAUUGUCACAUUUCGAGUCUGCAUAAAGCAAAUGUAUUUAUUGUUUCAGCCUUUCUAGGAAUUCAAUAAAUCUGAAAGCCUUUGAUUAAUUAGGCCGAAUUAAUCUAAACAAACUCUAUUAAAGGUAUAGGCUAGUUUACACAAACAUGAAACUCCUGCCAUCAUUUACUCACCCUCAUGCCAUUCCAAACUCCUAUUUGUCUUUCUUUUACUGUCUAUGCUAUUUACCUGUGAUACCUGAAUGUUAAAUGCUGUUUUUGAGCAGCUGUCCCUGGUCAACAACCAUUUUCAUUGUUUUGUAAGCAACAGAACUGCUUGAACAUUCUAGUAGAUAUCUCCAAUUGUGUAAUUGAGUAAAUGAUGACAGAUUUUUUAUAAUUGGGUGAACUUAGUUUAAAAGCAACUUUACUAUUUUGAACGAAGAGAAGAAGUUUUAAGAUGAGUCUCAAACCUGUUGUUAAUCUCUGUAUAUUUAUUUUCAUGUCUCUCCAGUAUGGAAAUGAACUUGACAAUAACAUGCAAUAAUACACAUUCUCUGGCCUGUUCUGUUUUUGGGUUGUAUUGUAAAUAAACACUGCUUUUUCCUUAUAGUUAAAAU